UUAUUUACAGGUCUAAGAGCUCCUGCCCGUGGUUUAUUGCUGUUCGGCCCACCAGGAAACGGGAAGACAAUGUUGGCCAAAGCAGUUGCUGCAGAGUCAAAUGCUACUUUCUUUAAUAUAAGUGCAGCGAGCCUAACUUCAAAAUACGUUGGCGAAGGGGAGAAGCUGGUGCGUGCUCUAUUUGCUGUAGCCAGAGAACUUCAGCCUUCUAUAAUUUUUAUUGAUGAAGUUGAUAGCCUUCUAUGUGAAAGACGAGAAGGUGAACACGAUGCUAGCAGGCGUUUAAAAACAGAAUUUUUAAUAGCAUUUGAUGGUUUUUUUUCCAGACGAUUUACCAAACGGGUAUAUGUGUCUUUACCAAAUGAAGAAACAAGAUUGAUUUUACUAAAAAAUCUUCUAAGUAAGCAAGGAAGUCCACUGACCCAAAAAGAGUUGGCUCAACUAGCUAGAAUGACAGAUGGGUACUCUGGAAGUGACCUAACUGCAUUAGCAAAGGAUGCAGCCCUGGGCCCCAUUCGAGAAUUAAAACCAGAACAGGUGAAGAACAUGUCUGCCAGUGAGAUGAGAAAUAUCAAACUGUCAGAUUUCACUGAGUCUUUGAAGAAGAUAAAGCGCAGUUUGAGCCCUCAGACCCUGGAAGCGUAUAUUCGCUGGAACAAGGACUUUGGAGAUACCACAGUGUGAAACACUACUUGAAAUGAAACAAAGUGCUGCCUGGGGAGCAGUUGGUGCAGACUACUGGAAAGCAACCAGAGUUUACAGGACUUUACAGAUAUUUAAGUAUCUGCAUUGAAACUUGAGAUUAAGAAAAAAUUAUACGAUGUGAAAUGUGUUCAUCGAAGCCUCCUUGCCAUUUAGUGAGGAUUUACACACUGUAAGUAAGAGCACAAUAGGACUCGAGAUAAGAUUCCUAGCAAUCUGAUUAUGGUUUGAACAAUAAUAUAUGUAUAUGGUUUCAGCUGCAAGGCUCUGAUGAUGUUGAUCAUCAGACCUUUUCCCUAUGUUGUGUGUGUGGUUUUUUGUUUUUAAUUUUACCAUGACCUUGGUGAACAAUUAACAUGGAACAAUGAUGUUCAAUUGGAGGUUUGUAAACUUUGGUUCAGUUUUUGACUUUUUUUAUCCUUAAUGUGCCAAAUAAAACAAUUUCCCUGUGCAGAGAGAAAGAACAGCAUUGGGGAAUUAUGAUUAUUAAAAUGUAAAAAGCAGCUGGUCUGUUAUUAUUUGUCUUUUUGUUUCAUUGUAAUGUGACUGUAUUGUUCACAGAACAGUUUUAAAGAAGACCUUUGAUAGCAGAGCAGCAAAACCACCCAACCCUUUAAAACCAAUUCAAACUGUCUUUAAAGAAAAAAAACUAAAUAAAAGAAUAGACUAAGAUAUUAAUUUACUGGCAGUAUUUUCUCUUGAUGCAUUUUGUAAUGCUUCCCUUGAUAGAAUGUUAGCUUUUGCUUAUGGUGUACAACUUUGAGCCCAGCUGAUGUUUGAGAGAGUUAAGUGAUGCUAAUUGUCAAAUUUCAGAAAUAAUGUGUUUCUACUCUGUAUUUUGGUCUGUUUAUGAUAAUUGAAAGUAAAAUUUCCAUUGUGAUAAUUUUUUUAAUCUUCACAUGUAAGCAUUAAAAUACGAGGCUACGUGUUUAAUACAUGGCACUCAUUAAUGUUUUUAUAGCUUUCAUAUGUUUAGGUUUAUAUAUUAAAGUAUGAAACACUCAACUGAUCUGCUUUUUUAAAAAGAAACUGCAUCUUUGUACAAAUACUUGUUUUUAUUAUAUAAAUGACAAGCUAUUAAAAAAACAAACUCUUUAAGUGAUAGCAUUUAAAUACUGUAAUAAAGGAAAGCAUCUUUGCCUUUAUUUCUGAAGGCCCAACAUCUUGUUUACAAAUUCUGCAUGGAUUAAACACAGAUAUUUGCAAGGCAGAACACUAGUUCCUUGUUAAAGCAGGUUUGUGGGUUGCUUUUUGGUUGGUUGGUUUUGGUUUUUUUUUACAACUCUCCCAACUUAGUGAUGUUAAAAAAUGCAUAUUGUUUACUGUUGUUUUAAUUAAAAUGAGUUAUAAGUGUUCUUUGCUUUUGGUCUUAACAAAAUUUGUUUUUAAUUUUUCAUUUAACUUAUUUUUUGGAACUGUUCACCUAAAAGUUGACUAUAAAUAAUAUAUUAUAUGUAUAUAUGAAAAAACCCCCUAGCUGAUAGAUGCAGUAUUAGUAGAGGAGUCUGUGCUCACUGUGUAGUAUUGAGUACUAAGUAAGCAGAAACCGUCAAACUUCUGAGAUGCACAGAUGCAAUAUGUUUGGGAUUCUGGUUUUGGGGUUUUUUUUAACCAGAGAUGCUUUUAACUGAUCUUAAGGUUAAAGGCAAUCAUAUAAGCGAAGAUUGUGUUACACUAGUAGGCCUUUUGAAAUAGUCUAACCAAACCACUUCUAGCCUUCUAAGAACAGGACUCUCUCAAAUGUAUGUCUGAUAUGAAUGAAACACGUGACUUCUGUUCCCCUGAUUCACUUUUCUGGAGAAUUGAGAAAUGCUAAAAGAUUUCAGAUUCUUAAAUCUCAUGUCUUGCUUUGCCUUAGUUCUGCCUUCAGUAGGCUAUCUUUGUUCUUGGAGAUUCCUGGCUGACUGAAUCCAUAUAGAGCUAAGCAUAACUCUUAUGUUGUAUUAGCAUCUGCCAAAUAGCUACAGCUAAGAAAGACCCUUGGUGGUUCUGUUCCUAAAGCUUUUGUAACCUUUCCUUGAGAUCCUUUGCAAGUGAGAACUUUGAGGGUAACUUUGGUUUUGAGUGUUCCUAAACGAUUGUUACAAACCUCUUGUUUUCAUCUUCUUAAUUUUGAGGGAUAUACUGGUUAUUUAUUUCAAAUACAUACUUACUGGCAUGGGAUGGGUACCUGAAAUGUUGAGGUAGAAGAUCUCAUCUGCUGAAGUAGCACCAGUACACAGCACCAAGGGUCAGAAUCACAAGCUGCUACUUCAGAAAGAAAAGGGACCAGCCCUUUCACUGCUUUGUGCAACCAGUACAGGACAAGAGAAUCUGUGCACUACUUUGUUUGUCUAUUAUGACCUGAUUGUUUUCUGCUCAAUGGGUAAAGUACAGCUCUAUAAAUUAGUGAUGGAAAACAGUAAAAAGAACAAAAGUUCUGCAACAUCAGUUUGCUCCACAGCUGCUGGAUUCUUAGCCCAUAACCAAGUGCUGUUUAGUUCAUAAAUCUCAUUUAAAUGCCUUGUCUUAUGCUAUUUCCUGAAUAGUGUCUUUUAAGAAUAAUUCUGUUCCUCUUAAGGCGUUAUCUUGCGUCUUCUUUCUCAUUUUACAUGUCCCAUCUCAGUGAUUUUGUCUUUGCAUUGGAUUAACUGUAUAUAAGAGCAGAUCUGAGUAAAACAACCAACAAAAAAACCCCACCUAAUACCUCUUCCCCUCAAAAAACCCCCACAAGCUUCAGAUUACCUGUAUUUCCCAAGUCUGUAGUACAUAUAUAGAACUUUGCAACUAUAUUUUUCAUAAAAUCAAGUUAUGUCCUAAUACAGUAUCUUGAAUUUGGAUACACAGGACAGCAGCUUGAGUGCUUUUAACCUUUGCAAAGACUGCUAUUACACUGGCUCUCUAAACUGUCUCUUCCUUUUUUUCUUUUCUGUUUUUUUCUUGGGUCAAUCUGCCCACUGCUAAUGAGUGAGUGACUUGACCCACUUUUUUGAGAUGAUGAGGAAGCAGCUUGUCUGCCUUUCUGCAACUGCGUUUUACUGACCCUGAGUGUAGCAGUUACUGGAGGGAGAAAAAAAAAAACAAACAACAACCAAUCCAAGCCCCCUGUGUUUUUUAGCAACUUUAUAUAUCUUUCUGCUUCUAUUAAACAGGUUCCUGCUUUAAUUAAGGAAGAGCAGCACCUUUUGUCUUUCUACAUCUUGGAAGAACAAUAUCUCCUCAGACUGCAGGUUGUUACUUGUAUUGGCAUAACAGGAGGGAAAAACUCAAGCACUGUAGAAUGCUCUUUCUCCUUAAAAUGAGAAUUUGUUGUGUGUUACGAUGUCCCUUUUACUAAUGUUGACUUUUCUGUAGACUACACCAAACCUAGGGAGGUUCUUUCCUUGUGGUUAAGACAAAACCAACACAGAAUGUUAAAUUAGGGUAUUUAUGCACAAAUAAGUCUCUCCGUCCUGUUAGUUUCUUAGACUUUACAGGGUUUAGUGUAUUAGAAAUAGGCAUUCUGUCCCUGAGACAUUUUACUGACUCUACUUUGGACAGUAAGUUGCUAAUGCGGUUCUGUUGAAUACUGCCCUGCAACUUACUUUAAGUACAUAAUAAAUGUGAUAGUAAUACUUUAAAAUGGAGAAGAAUGGGAUCUCUAAACUGGGAAGUAGUGUUGUCACUGCACUAAUUAGAGACCAUUCCUGGUUUCGCUGUUAGAUUCUCUCAAAUGCUUUUAAAAUGACAGUUUUUAUACGUAUAACUCAACCUUACCUUCUGGUGUAGAAUAAAUAGUAUUUUUUCAGUCUUAAACAAAUGAGUUUAGAAUAAAUUGCUUGGUGUUGCCGUCAAGUCCAUCUUGUGAAAUUUAAGUACUUUUUACUGGGAAAAUUGAAUUCAGAUAUGCUGGCAAAUUUAACUGAGACAUCUGUUCUGCAACUGGAAAGCAGCAUUCUCCUUAGGGUUUCCUCAAUCACCUAUGGUGAGACUUCACGCCCUAGAUUUUUCACAGUGCUUUCCUACGCCAAGACACGGAUAAUGCAUAGCUGUGCCUAAGACCUGCAUCUCCAUCUACUCCAGCGCUUUGGUGAUGCUUCUGCAUGUGGCAGCUUUGGGAGGUGUCCAGCACUGCUGCAUCUUGAACAGAUUUUUUCAUCCAUUGUCUGUGGCAGCCUCAAGCUUUUGUGAUGUUUUUUUUUAGUUGUUGGGGACUUCUACCAGAUAUCAAAAAUGGAAUGAAUAGUAGCAAGCAGGUAGUGAAUGCAAGUAGUUAUCUCAGUCAUUGUGCUAAUUACAGGCAGUACAUUAUUAGUUUCUCUCGAGCUGCUGUUUAGCGUUGAAGAAUGUUGUCUUACUGACUUAUGUGUAUUUUCAUGUUUAGGAUGAUCUGCAGACAUCCUAAGAGAUGAACAAUUGAGUUAUUUUCUUCUAGAAUCUCUUUCCUUUUAUUAUAAUUUUCAAUAUUUUUUCUUUUAAAUGUUGUAACAAUAGUUCCUCAGGAUGAGGAAGUUAAGCUGUCACUUCCUGAAAAUACAAAUUCAUCUUGUAAAAUAUGGGGAAAUUUGUAUUUUGUUUUUCCUUUGUUAACUGUCUUAGAGUGGAAACUUCUUACCUUAUCAAUAACUACCUCCUGAGUUUGGCAAUAAUUGGCAAGAUAUACACUCCUCCAGUGGAUUCAAAAUAUUGGCUAAACACUUCUUCAGAGUCUGAUCUUUUGAUUUGCAAAUGUUUGACAUUAUUUCUGGAAACUAUGGUGAUCAACCUUGUUUUGCUGCAAGACUUUCCUUGCCUUCAUGAGAUGCACUUCUUAAAAGCCUUUCUUCAGAGCAGCUUUGAGGAUACAAGGUCAGUGUUCUUUAUAGUUGGUUAAUACAGGCAUGUUCUCAGAGACACCAGGAGUGUAGCCUCUCGGGUCGGGCAGGGUUGUUUUUUUUUUUACGAUUAGAAGCGGGGAAGAAAGUACUUUAUCCAACAGUCGCACACACCUGUCAAAGGGACUGGAAACACAGAAACUGUUUGUACCACAUGAUUGAAAUUUUUACUCAUGUGAAGGGCUAGUCAGUAUUUUUCAGAAAUAUGUAUUAAAGUGACAAAAACCAAAGGUGGAGACAAAACAGCAUACCCCACCCGUACUAAGUAUAUUGGACGACUCCAGUCUGGGAUGGGGUUAAUAUUUGUAUUUUUUUGUUUUGAAGCACUUUUAUUUCAUUGUUCUUUUAAGAAUGUUUUCUGAAAUGUUAAACACCAUUUUACUAAUAAGCAGUGUAAAAAAGCAUGAUGAGCAGUCACAUAGCUUUAGCUCCACAAUAAAAUGUUGCAUUUGUCCUGUUCUUCCUGUUUUCUUGUCUGUUUUUCAGAUAAAAUGUCCAAAACUAAGAGCCUUUUCAUUAAACCUGAAGCCCAUUACAUUGCUGCUGGUUUAAAACAAAAUAAUUUAAAAAAUCAGCUGUUGUAUACCAGAUGAUGGAACAAUAAAUGUGUAAAUAAAUCAGUUUCUAAAGGACAUAACUCAAGUUCUUAAAACUAAUGUAAACAGAAGUGCUACUUCCUAAAUAAAUGUGCUGAACUUGAAA